GAGUGAAAUCAAAACUAAAAUAUUAUUUCAACUUGUCUUCCUUUAUCUAAUGCAAUUGACACUCAUUUUGGGAAUCAUUCCAGCGCUUUCUCCUCCUCCAUUCCCUUUCCCCUCCUAGCGAAUGGGACAAGUUUUCACUCGGUUCUGUAGUUCUCUCACCCUAUGAGAGAGAAGCGGCGUUUGUCUGAUUCUAGUUUUGUGCUUUGUUUAUGUUUUUUGUGUGUUAAGUUUAUGGAAAUGACUUUCAGUGAAAUAAUUUUCAUGUAGUGAACUUAAAAGUCUUUAAAAGUAAUCUAUUCUUUCUGGAAUAAUGCUAUAUGUGUUGUGAACUUGAACUGGAUAUUUUUUGUUGUGACAAGGGGCUGCUGACAUCUGUGCCAAACAGGUGAGGUACCUUGCCCCUAGAUAUACAACAGGUUAAAAUUAUAAUAAAAUGGAUUAUGUGUUAAACCUCUAAAAACUGAAAUGAAUGAAGUUAAGCUAAAGGAAACUUUUACAUGUGUGUUGUGGAACAUCAGUCAAAAAGAAUGGUUUAAGCCAAAUGAUCGACGAUGGUUAAGGAUUUUUCUUGCAGUACUUGCUUCACUUCAUCAUGUAAUUUUUACUGUUUCUCUUAAUCCCUUUUCGACAUUAAAAGUUCCUCAAAAGCAAAACUGUGAUAAAACUCAGUGUUUCAUCAGCCAUAUUUAUAAAGCCAUGAGCAGUGUGUAUCCGUCCAUGUUCUUAACAAGGAAUAUUAUGUCUUUUAAAGCAUUGUACGUUUUUGGAUUCAUCUCUUCAUUAAUUUUAUCAUCAUCAGUUGUAACUGCUGAUCAACAUUCAGCACCUCAUUUUGUUGUUCAGCCUUCUUUUGCUGGUAGUGUCGUCACAGAGAGGCAGUCAAAAAUCCUGCAGUGUCAGGCAAUAGGAUUUCCUCCUCCAGAAUUUCUUUGGUAUAGAAAUGAUCAACCAUUGGGCAACUUUUCUAAGGAUCCUCUUUUACGCAUUUCGCAUAUUUCAAAGGAAAAUAGUGGCAAUUAUUGGUGUUUGGCACGCAAUGCUGCUGGAACAGUGUUUAGUGAGAAAACAUCUCUUACUGUUGCUUAUAUGGAUAGCAAUGUGUCUGCUGAAAAUAUUACUAUGACAAUAAAAGAUGGUGAUGCUGCUAUUUUAAAACCCCCAGCAGUUGAAAGCAUUCCACCAGUAUCAAUAUCUUGGCAGAAGCUUGGAUUUGGCCAUUUGCAUGGUGGUCUUAACCAUGCAGUGAGUUUGAAUAAUGAAUUAAUUUUGUUAGCAGUCAAUUCUGAAGAUGAAGGGAAUUAUCGAGCAUCUGUGACAAAUCCUCAGGCUGGUGAAGAAGCAUUGGGUGGAUUAAUACAGCUUAAAGUUACAGGUGAAAGACGGGAAUUUGUACCUGCUACUAUAAUUCUUCCACCAAGAGAUUCUAUUUUUAAACAAGGGGCAUAUCCUGCUAUUUUAGAAUGUAUUGUUAAUGCAAGGCCUAUUGAAUCUAUUCAAAUUAUCUGGAAGAAAGAUGGUCAGGAAGUGGCAAGAAGUGGACUGUCUCAUUUGCUCUCUUUUUGGAAUCGUACUAUUACUCUUUUAAAUGUUGGUACCAUGCAUGCUGGAAUUUAUGAGUGCAUUGUUUCUAUGAAAGAGGAUGAAUUAACUGAAGUGAAGGCAUCUGCUAAUGUUUCUGUUAUUGUUGAUCCUAUGAUUACCGUUCAGCCACAAAGAGAAACAGUUUCUGAGAUUGGUAAAACAGUUCAGAUGCCUUGUUCUUCUGUUGGAAAUCCUCCACCACAGAUAAGUUGGUAUAGGAAUGCAGAACCUAUUGAUCCAAAACUUGGGGAGCGCUUUGAAAUUUUCCCCAAUGGAUCAUUAAAAAUUUCAGCAUUGUCUGGAGCUGAUAUGGGUAUCUAUCAGUGUGUUGCUACAAAUAUUGGGGGAGAAGCAUCUGCUAGCACUUGGUUACAUGUUAAAGUGUCAUCUCCUGAUUUUAUAAAACGACCAGUUAAUGUUACUGUUUUGGAUGGAAAAGAUGCACAAAUUUUUUGUGAAGUCUCAGGAGCUCCUACACCCAAUGUUACUUGGAUUUAUAAUGAUUCUAUGGACAUCCACACCUCUGGUCGAUUGCUGGUUUUAGAAAGUGGUAGCUUAUUAAUAGCAUCUGCUGAAUAUAGUGAUGUUGGAAAAUAUACUUGUAUAAGAGAAAACAGUGCAGGCUCUAUAAAAGGAUCUGCCUAUUUAACUGUUUUAGUUCGCACACAGAUUACACAACCUCCUAUGGAUACAAAAGUUAUUUUGAGUUCUACUGCAGAACUGCAGUGUAAGGUAUCACAUGAUGAAGCAGUUCCAUAUACAGUGCAUUGGUUUUUCCAUAAUAAAGAAAUUCAUCCUGUACCUGGUGGGAGAAUACAAAUUCUUCCAGAUGGCAGUUUGCGUAUUGGACAAGCAAGAAAUACUGAUGUAGGAAUGUAUACUUGUAAAGUGUUUUCAGAAGGUGGGAAUGAAACUCGUAGUGCCCGUUUAGAUGUUAUUGAACUUCCUCAUCCACCUAAUAAUGUGAAAGCUGUACUUUUAAGCUCUUAUCCUAAGAGUGUGAAUAUCAGCUGGUCAAAGUCAUUUGAUGGCAACAGUCCUAUUACAAAUUAUAUUGUUCAAAUGAGAAUUGUGCCUGAAACCGGUAAUUGGGAUGACGAGAUGGAAUAUUUACUUCCAUGGACUACAGCCCAAGCUAACAUAUCUGCUGAUCAGCGUUAUGCAAUCUUAACUAACCUGAAACCAGCUUCCAGCUAUGAAUUUAGGGUGAGUGCUGUUAAUGGCGUUGGAGAAGGAAAUCCUAGAGCAGCUUCAGAAGUGAUACAUUUACCACCAGAGCCUCCUACUGGACCUCCACAAGGUGUUGUUGGUGGUGCACGAUCCUCUACAUCUAUUAUGGUCCAGUGGCAGAAUCCGGCAGAGCAAGAUCGUAAUGGUGUUCUUGUUGGUUUUGUGAUUCGAUACAAAUUGGCUGGGUACUCUGCUAGCCCUUGGGCUUAUCAUAACAUUACAAAUGAAGCUCAGCAUAAUUUUCUUCUUGAAGAUCUUAUUGUAUGGCAAAAUUACGAAAUACAGGUAGCUGCUUGCAAUGAAAAAGGAGUUGGCGUAUAUUCCAGUAGCAUAUAUAUUAGGACUCGAGAAGGAGUACCUCAAGCUGCACCAACUGAUGUUCGUGCUGAUGCUGUUAAUUCAACUGCUAUUCAUGUAUGGUGGAAACCACCUGAUCCACAACUUAUUAAUGGCAUUAAUCAAGGCUAUAAGUUACAAACAUGGCUGGGUGACCCAGAAUCCAAUAUCACUCCUUCACAUACUGUCUUAGUAGCUCCCAGUCCUUUAGACCCUCUUGCAGAACAGGAUUCUAUAGUUGGAGAUUUAGAGAAGUACACAACUUACCGCAUAACUGUUUUGUGUUUUACAAGUCCAGGAGACGGACCAAGAAGUGAUGCUGUUAUGGUGACUACUAAACAAGAUGUUCCGGAUGCAGUGAAAAGUUUGAAAUUUGAAGAUGUGUUAGAUACUAGCAUAUCAGUUGUCUGGACUCCACCUGAGCGUAUUAAUGGGAUUUUGAAAGGUUAUACACUAAAAUAUCAUGUGAAAGAUGUUUUGGAAACAACCGUUAUUCGUAAUCUCUCUGCUGAUGCGACUCAAGUCAAAGUUACUGAUUUGAGACCCAUGACUGCAUACUCUUUUGAAAUAUUUGGCUGGACUGCUAUCGGACCAGGCCCUGUUAAAACUGCUACUGUACAAUCGGGAAUUCCACCAGUUUUACCAGGACCUGCAAAAAAAUUGGCUGUUUCAAAUAUUGGAGCAUUCUCAGUUGUUCUUCAAUUCACACCUGGAUUUGAUGGUAACACUUCCAUAAUCAGAUGGGUAGUUGAAGCUCAAACUCGUCGCAAUGAAUCCUGGUUUAAGAUUUAUGAAGUUUCAGAUCCAGAAGCUUCCAAUAUUCAUGUACAAAACCUAUUGCCAUUUACUGAGUAUAGACUAAGGCUAAUUUCUGUCAAUGUUGUUGGUUCCAGUGACCCUAGUGAACCGUCCAAGUUUUUCCAAACUAUCCAAGCCCCACCUUCUCAUCCGCCUUAUAAUGUUACUGUCAGAGCUGUGAAUGCCAAAGCAUUGAGAGUUCGUUGGACCCCUCUGCAACAAGUGGAAUGGUUUGGAAUACCAAGGGGAUAUAAUAUUCUUUAUAGACCUAUCUUUUUUGAUAAUGAAAAUACAGAAGCUUCCGAUGAUUACAAAACUAUUGUUUUAGAAGAUCACAAUGCAAAUAGUUAUGUUAUUAAAGAUUUAGAAGAAUUUACUGACUAUGAGAUAUCUGUUCAAGCUUUUAAUGAUGUAGGAAGUAGUUCACGCAGUUUACCUGCUCGUGAAAAGACUAGAGAGGCUGCACCAUCUUCUGGCCCUAGCAAUGUGAAAAUAAAUGCCACAUCAUCUACAACUAUUGUUGUAAACUGGGGUGAAGUCCCUAAAAUUCAUCAGAAUGGUAUUAUCGAAGGUUACAAAGUUUAUUACGGUGCAAAGAAUGUUCCGUUUCAGUACAAAAUCAUUGAGAGUAAUAGUACUUUUACUACAACCUUAACAGAACUUCGUAAAUAUACUCUGUACAGUAUUCAAGUGUUGGCAUUUUCGCGCAUUGGGGAUGGUGUUUUAAGUAUCCCACCUAUUUCAGUAAGAACAUUUGAAGAUGUUCCUGGAGUUCCCUCUAAUAUUUCAUUUCCUGAUGUUUCUACAACAACUGCUCGUAUCUUGUGGGAUGAACCUGAAGAACCUAAUGGUGUGAUCUUAGCUUAUCGUGUUGCAUAUAGACUUGAUAACUCGGCUGAGGAAGAAAUUGUUAAAGAAUUGGCUCCUACAGAACGGACAUUAAAAAUUGUGAAUCUGCAACCUGAAACAUACUACAUGUUUUCUCUUACUGCUAAAACAAAUGAAGGUUGGGGCAAAACUGCUCGAGCUAAAGUAUUCACUACAAAUAACAGAGAAGCUCCUAAACCUCCUUCUCCUCCUCAAAUCAGUAAUUCACAAAUUCAAGCCAGACAAAUAACAUUUAGUUGGACUCCUGGAAAUGAUGGAUUUGCUCCCUUACGAUAUUAUACUGUACAAAUGGCAAAAAUUGACAAUUCAUGGAAGACAGUUGCUGCUAAAGUCGAUCCAAAUUUAAAUAAAUACACAGUGACUGGUUUGAAACCGGCAACAUCUUACAAAUUCAGAAUUCAGGCCACAAAUGAUAUAGGAUCCAGUGGUUGGAGUUCAGAGUCUAACUUGACUUCUACAUUCCCAGCAGCCCCAGAAAGACCACCCAAACAAGUAAUUGCUACUCCUUACACAACCACAUCAGUGCGUGUUAGUUGGGAACCUCUUGGCUUUGAAGAUUGGAAUGGAGAUAUACGUACAUCUGGAUAUCGAGUUGAAUAUUGUCAAGUGUCCUCUUAUUCCAUUCCUAGAACUGGUGAUUGCCCAUCAGAUAAGAUUCAAGGUGCUAAUUCAUCUAGUUUGUCAUUACACCAACUAGAACGAGACAGAGUGUAUGAAAUUAGAGUUUUUGCUUAUAAUAGUAGAGGUGACAGCUUGCCAAGUGAUCCUGUACAGGUUUUUGUUGGUGAAGCUGUUCCAACUGGGGAACCAAAAGAAGUUCGAGUAGAGGCAACAAGUUCCACUGAAUUAAAAGUUUCUUGGAAGCCACCUCCUCCAGCUUUACAGAAUGGAGAUCUUCUUGGUUAUAAGAUCUUUUAUGAACCUCGCUCAAGUGAUGCAGUUGAAGAAAUGGAAGCUGUUCCUCCAGCAACUGUGUCUUAUGUUCUUUUGGAUUUAAAAAAAUAUACUGAAUAUAGUAUACAGAUUUUAGCUUUUAACCCUGCUGGAGAUGGACCAAGAUCUUCUCCUCAAUAUGUAACAACCAUGGAAGACAUACCUGGACCUCCUGGGUCUGUUGUUUUUAUUGAUGUGACCAUGACAUCCUUGAAUGUGAGCUGGAGUCCACCAGCUGAACCUAAUGGAGUAAUAGCAGGUUACUUAGUAACUUAUGAGACAGCUUUGCCUGAUAUAGAAUUCAGCAAACAAGUAAAACAAAAAGUGACAACCACCUCUUUGAGUGUACAUGGUUUAGCUGAAGCUGUUACAUAUACUUUUAGAGUACGGGCUGAAACUUUUGAUUAUGGUCCAGAAUCUGUUGGCAAUAUAACUACUGGGCCCCAAGAAGGCUCCCCAUCUGCACCAGAAGAACUGAUGUUGAAACACACACAUACUGCUGUUACUUUAUUAUGGAAGAAUGGUCCACAAGGUGCUUCUCCCAUUAUUGGGUACUUGUUGGAAUAUAAAGAAGCAGAGGGUUCAGAGGAAUGGCAAACUUUGGUUUUGUUGAACAAUGGCCCUCAAACAUCUUACACCAUUAGCUUUCGUAAUCUUCUCCCAUCCACAUCCUAUCAAUUCCGUCUCUUUGCUCGCAAUUCUUAUGGUAUCAGUUUUCCAGCCAUGUCACCACAGCCGUUUGCUACUCCAAGUAAAUUGUAUCUGGAGUAUCGACAUAAAUUACCUUUCUAUCGUGAAGUAUGGUUUUUGGUCAUGCUGGCUUCUCUUAGUAUUGUUAUUAUUAUCCUUGUGGUGUCUGUAUUAUGUGUCAAAAGCAAGGUGUACAAAUAUAAAAAAGAGGCUCAAAAGUCUAUUCAUGAUGACCAUAUUAGUAUUGAUGAUGGUGGAUUUGCCACUUUCGAACUUAGACAGUCCAAGAGAGGAACUCUGUGUAAGAAUUCUUUAGCUAGGAAGAAUAAUAAUGCUAUACUUACAAAAUCACCACCUCGUCCAAGUCCUGGAAGUGUUACUUAUUCAGAUGAUGAUGAUACUAAGGGUUAUGAUGAAAACUGUGAUAGCAGUAGUCUUACUGAAAAGCCUUCAGAAAUGAGUUCUUCUGAUUCACAGGGUUCUGAUAGUGAGCGAGAGAGUGAUGACAAGGGUGAUCCCCAUUCAUUUGUUAACCACUAUGCCAAUGUGAACGACACUCUUCGCCAAUCCUGGAAACGCCAAAGGCCUGUGAAACCUCCAAGCUAUACAGAUAGUGAGCCAGAAGGCAGUAUACAAGUGAGUUUGAAUGGAGGACACAUUGUUAUGAAUAAUAUGGCUGGUUCCAGAGCUCCUCUGCCUGGUUUCUCCAGUUUUGUGUGAAUCAACCUUCAUGUGAUAUUACCAAUAUUGACUGACUGACAUCAUAGUUCUACUUUUGGGGGAGCUUUGAACAUUUUACUCAAGACAGUUUACUCCAGCAUUGAACAGUUUUCCUUAAUCACCUUGCUAUUUAUGAUUUCAGUUUUGUUUUUCAGGUUUGGCUUUAAAGUAUUGUGUAAAUUGUAUUUUGAAUGAUGUUGUCUUUUUUUUGGGUGAAAUCAUGAGCAAUAUUUUAGUUAGGAAAUUGUUCAUUAUUAGAUUUUAUAACAUGCAGCUACGCAGAUGUCAAGUGUUUUGUUUAGCGAUUGGUAAAUAUCUGUUUGUUUUAGUUAUCAUUUAGUGUGUUCAGUUUUCCAUUUUUGCUGUGCCAUUAUAUCAUGGGGUCCAGGAAAUGACAGUACUUUUGGAAUAAUGUAUAUUACCAAAAUCCCUCCAUGGGAUUUGUUAGUGAUAAAUGUUUUAUAGUUGUAUUGUACAGUAUAUUGUGUGUGUGUGUGUGUGUAUCAUACAUUUUUCCACAGAAGGUAGCAGUAUUAACAUUUUAAAUUGUAAAUAUUUGAGGUAAUGUAUUUUAAUUCUUCUUGCUACCACUUUCAUUGCUGUAUCAUUAUCUUGUCUACCUUUGUGCCUUAGAGACAUAGAUUUGAGCUUUCAAUUCCAGUUUUAAAUUGAUACUUCAAUAGAACAUACUGUACAAAUUUUGUCGUGCAGUUUUAUUAAAAUUAAGUUCAUAUUAAAUUUUAAAUAUCAAUUAUUUUGACUGAAGACAUUGCUCUUCUCCCUUUCUUUUAAAAACUUAACAGUGUAUUAAAAAUGAAUGUAAUAUUAUUAAUCUGAUUGCUGAUAUACCUGAUAUUUCUUUUAUUCGUCAGCAAUUUUUUCUUGUUGCCUGAAAAGCAACUUAAAAUAUGUUUUCUAGUCCAGAAAAAUUAGAUGGUUGUAAGAAAGUUAUAUUUUCAAUGAAAUGAAAACAAUUAAAGAAACAAGUUGUUGCGUGUUGCGUUAGAAUGACCUGAAGAUCAGUGAAUUUAUAUUACAUGUACUAUAAAUUUGAAACAAUAAGUUACUUUUUGCUACAAUUCUAAUAAAAGAGGUAGUAAAAUUGAUUUUUGCAUGUAAUUUAGCAGCUUUAUUAUGCAAAUUAAUAAGAUUUUUUAGACUUUUUUUUUUAUGGUUUGCACUACUUUAUUUAGGAACAAACUAUACCAUUAACUCUUUAAAUAUGGUUUUAUCUAUUUUGCAAUUUUUUCUGAUAAAGAUUUAUUUAAUUAAGACUAUUAACUGGAUAAUUAAUUUUAUUGGUUUCUUGGGAUGAAUUUCUCAUUCAGUUGGAUAUUUAAAAAUCUUCUUUUUAUACAUGUUUUAUAAAUAAAUUUUACUAUCAAUUUUCUCUGUUCAUAAAAUGCUGGGCAUUUUGGAUUUGCAACUCUCAUUUUCUUUAUAAUUUAUGUUGUCAAAAGAAAGAAGCAUAUUGCUUCCUUGAAUUGGUUUCAACUCAAUAUUUUAUUUAUUACUUUUUGAAAAAGUUCAUCUUAUGUGGCACAUUUUAAAAUGUUGAUCAUUUUAUAUUCAAUUCCUAAUUUUAUAUGUGCAGCUGAAACAUAUAUAUUUCUUGAAAGUUAUAUUUUCUUUUGAAUUCCAUUUUCAUUAUAUAAGUACAAGUAACAUUUUUUUUUAAUAGUUAGAACACAUAUAAUCUUGAUAUUUUACUCUGAUUAUUGAAGCAAGUUUUGUACAUUCAACAUUCCGUCCAUUUGUAGUUACAUUAAAUACAUUUAAAAAAAUUGCACACUUUAUAAUUAGAGAUAUUUUUGAUCAAAGAAUUUAAGUGUUGAGUAUUUUUUCCAGUACUCAAACCUAUAAAAGCCUCCUAUUUCACAUAUUCGAAAAUAGUGGUAUAAAACUAUUUUGCUCAAAUUUUUUACUUGAAUUCAUAAAUAUUUAUGCAUUUUUUUGCUACUUUAUGAAUUAAUAUAUUUUUAUAAAUAUGAAGUUUUAUCAAUGUAUGCCUUUUUUUUUCAUGUUUAACUGGAAUUUUACUAGAAAUUCCUCUGCCGUCCAUUUACAGUAUGGAUUGAAUUUUAUCAAUGUAACAAUAUUCAGUACAGUUUUUUAAGGCCUUAUUUGAUAUGUAUUAUUUUUUUAUAACAGCUAUUUUUUUUUAUUAUGAUGCAGAUCCUUUCCGUUACAUUUCAUUUGCAUUGUUUUCUAUGAACUGUUUGCCUAUAUAUGUUCCAUUAGGUACUAAGAUAGUUUUUAAUUUUUUUGUAUCAUUUAACAAAUUUAUUAAAAAUUAAUUUUAGAUUUAUAUGUUUGUCAUCUCUUAGUAUUAUGGCGAUGUUGCUUUGUUAAAGAUAGGAAAAUUUAAUUUGCAUCAUUUUUAUGUAUAAAAAUUUACUGAAAAAAACCAAAAUAGUUAUCAUAUGUAUUUUUUUUUUUUUUGUCAGAAAUACUGCUGAUGAUUAAAAUAUAUGCAAGAUAUAUGGAUGAUAUAUAAAAUUAAGCAAAAGUGUUGGCAUUCAGGUUUUAAAAAAAGUCAGUUCACAAACUGAAAUUAUUUUUGAAAGUUUAGAUUUAGUGUUUAAAUUUUUAUGCAAAAUGCAGUUGAAUGAAUAAUUUAAUUUUGUAUUCUUUUGUUUCACUUUUUUAUAUGACUUUGCACUCUUAUUAAUUUCUUUUUUGCACUUAUGUAAUUUAAUUAAAAAAUAAUGGUUAUUAAAUAUUUUGUUUAUUGUAUUGCAAAUAAUGAUUAUGCUCAUUUAGGAAUUUCGUUACAUAAUUUCUUCAUUUUAUAUUUCACUGCCAUUAUUAUUGAACAAACAUUCUUUUAGGGUUC